GUUGCGCGGUCACGUGAGCGGCGCGGGGUCAGCGGCGGCUUCCGGGGAAACCAGGACUGGAUCGGGAGCGGAGCGGGACAGAAUCGCCCGGCCAUGCCGCUCCCGGUCGCUCUCCAGUCCCGUCUGGCCAAGCGGGGGCUGCUCAAGCACGUGGAGCCAGAGCCCGAGGAGGAGAUCAUUGCCGAGGAUUACGACGACGCCCACGUUGAUUACGAGGCCUCGCGGCUCGAGGGGCUGAUGCCGCCCUGGUACAAAGUGAUCGACCCCACCUGCGGGCUGCCCUACUACUGGAACGUGGAGACCGACCUGGUGUCGUGGCUGUCCCCGAACGACCCCAACUCCGUCAUCACCAAACCUGCCAAGAGGCUCAAGGGGAACCCAGAGCCCGAGGAGCCCCCGGAGAAGGAGGAGCCGCGCGAGCGUCGCUUCCACCGGCGCGAGGAGCUGGCGCCGUACCCCAAGGGCAAGAAAGGGCGCAAGGACGAGGAGCUGGACCCGAUGGACCCCAGCGCCUACUCGGACGCGCCCAGGGGCUCGUGGUCCACGGGGCUGCCCAAGCGCAACGAGGCCAAGACGGGCGCGGACACGACGGCGGCCGGGCCCCUGUUCCAGCAGCGGCCGUACCCCAGCCCCGGCGCCGUGCUGCGCGCCAACGCCGAGGCCUCGCGGGGCAAGGACUGAGACGGGGGGGGGCAGCCACAACCGGCUCAAGAGACAC